AACUAUUGAAAUAAUACAAAAUUAAUUGUGAAAGUAUGCAUUUAACAUAUGAAAAGACAGUACACUAAGUUUACACAACAAUACUUCUCCACGUUUUCCAUCGAAACAAUUACCCUAGAAACCAGUGGCUGUGGUUGUACUUGCCAAACAAACAAAAUAAAUUUUAGUUUUAAAAUAGCUCUCACAAAGGAGUUGAUGACGAAUAAAUUUUAUAGUUCAUUUUAAAAAUUAUACACAUCCAUAUGUAAGAAAAUUAAUAUGGCGCAGGGAGAUAUGGAUGAGGACUUUCUUAACUUUGAAUCCAAAGUAAAUCAGGUAAUGAAACUUUUGGAGGAUAUGGCGGCCGCAAAUAAAUCCGAUGCAGAAAGUGCUGCUAAAAAGCCAGAAACAAAGUCCGAAAUUAAUCAGGAUAAUUUCAUUGUCAAUGUUCGUCAAGACCGCACAGUGCUCAAUCGCAAAGCGGGUCAAAAAGACCCAUCAGACACUGGAGGUCCACAACAAAUGGACAAGUACACAUUUAUGCAGCAGAUGGAGCAGGAUGCCGCCGAAAGAACCAAGAUUCGACAGGAACGUGAGCGUAUUUCUCAAAACUUUCGCAGCAUGGGCAACGAUGCUUAUCGUAAGCAGAACUAUGAAAAGGCAAUACAAAUGUAUACAAAAGCUAUUGAACACGUUAAAGACAGUCCUAUAUUAUACAACAACCGAGCACUAUGCUAUCUUAAGUUGAGAAACUCUAAACGGGCAAUUAUUGAUGCUGAUUACGUAAUUAAUAAAUUGGACGAGAAGAAUUUGCGGUCGUGGUUGUACAGAGCAGCUGCUUAUCUGAGAUUGGGUGAUGAAAAAAAUUACGAGAACAGCAUUAAAUUCGCAAAGAAAAAUAAUACUAAAGAAAUCAGCUAUAUAACUGCAUUUCAAGAAAAACUCAGAACUGAUUUCUAAAUACAUACUUAUGUAUAUUAGAUUUUAUUAUUUUCAACAUUUCAGCCAAAUAUACAUAUUUACAUACAUAUGUAUGUAAAACUCUUUGUACCUUCAUAUUUUCAUGAUACUUACCGAGUAAUAAUAGCACUCCCAAAAAUGAUACACACGAAUAUAAAAAUGGUAAAUGCACACUGCCUAAAUCUGAAAGUAUUCCAAAAAACAUUUCAAAGUUUUACAAUGAAUCUCGCUCCAUUUGACAAUAUGCUGACAGUUAAUUUUUUUGUAUACUUGAUUGUCAAUAAUAAACAUACUUAGCAGUGAUAAAAA